UUUCCGGUGUCUCCCUGCGUCCGGCCUCCUAGUUCGGAUGGAGAUGGCAAGUUCCCCGGGCGCCUGGCUCGCCGGCUGCCUCGUGGCAUUCGUCUUCCUCCGCCUGCCCGAGCGUGCGUCAGGGGACGCCGGCCACUCCCCCCUGGCCCCGCUAGGGGGCACAGCCGAGCUGCUCUGCCCGCUCGCCCUGUGGCCGGUCACCGUGCCCACCGCGGUGACGUGGCUGCGGUCCCCGCCCCCGGACGGCUCCCAGGCCGUGCACGUGUUCCGGGACGGGAAGGAGCGGGAGGAAGGCGUGAUGCCGGAGUACAAGGGGCGCACGGCCAUGCGGAGGGACGCCCGAGAGGGGAGCGUCAGCCUGGAGAUCCGCCGGGUCCGGCUGGAGGACCGAGGGCAGUACCGGUGCCGCGUCCAGAUCGGAAACCUGACUCGAGAGGGCACCGUGACCCUGCAGGUGGCAGUUCUAGGCUCCGACCCUUACAUCCACGUGAGGGGCUACGACGCGGGAUGGAUCCAGCUGGUGUGCAGGUCGGCGGGAUGGUUCCCGAAGCCUUGGGCCGAGUGGAGAGACCCGCAGGGCAGGGUGCUUCUAUCCCUGUCCGAGGCCCAUGCCCUGGAGGCCGGGCUCUUCCGGACAGCCGUGUCCAGCAGGGUCAGGGACAGCGCGCUGGGGAAUGUGUCCUGCACCUUCCGCAACGCGGCCCUUGGCCAGGAGAAGACGGCGGCCAUGCUCAUAGCAGCCCCGUCCCCGGGGAAGAUCUCCUCCUCUGCGAUGGCACUUGCUGUGACCCUGCCUUUCCUGGGGCUCCUCAUCAUGGUGGGCAUUUUCCUCAUUUGGAAGGAAAAAAGAUCAAAAGAGAAGCUUCUCUAUGAACAGGUGGUGGAGGUAGAAAAUCUUCUCUCAGACCACGCAAAAGAAAAAGGAAGGCUCCAUAAAGUGCUCAAGCAGCUCCGGAGUGAACUGAAGCUGAAAAGAGCUGCAGCGAACUCAGGCUGGAGGAGGGCCCGGCUGCACUUUGUGGCAGUGACCCUGGACCCGGACACAGCACAUCCCAAACUCAUGCUGUCUGAGGACCGGAGACGUGUGAAACUUGGAGACAGAAGGCAGCCUGUGCCAGACGGCCCCCAGAGAUUUGACUUUGUCGUCAGCGUCCUGGGCGCUGAGUACUUCACAUCGGGCUGUCACUACUGGGAGGUGUACGUGGGAGAUAAGACCAAGUGGGCCCUGGGGGUGUGUAGUGAGUCUGUGAGCAGGAAGGGCAAGGUCACUGCCACACCUGCCAAUGGGCACUGGCUUGUAAGACAGAGUAGUGAGAAGAAGUAUGAAGCUCUCACGUCGCCACAGACCAUCCUGCGCCUGAAAGAGCCCCCGCAGUGUGUGGGGAUUUUCCUAGACUAUGAAGCCGGAGUCAUUUCCUUCUACAAUGUGACCAGCACAUCCCACAUCUUUACUUUUACCCACACUUUCUCUGGCCCCCUUCGCCCUUUCUUUGAGCCUUGCCUUCAUGAUGGAGGGAAAAAUACAGCGCCUCUAAUCAUCUGCUCGGAACUCCAGAAAUCAGAGCCAUCAACUGUCCCCAAGCCAGAAGAAAAAAGCCAGGCUAAUGGAGACGUGGCCAUGAAGGUGGAUCCUUCCUUACUCCCCCCACAGGCACCGGAGCUUUUCCCACUCAGGGAUAUGAUCCUGCCCUGGCCCUCUGACAUUGGCCCUGCCCUUCAGGGGCUCAAGGUUCCUUCUUUUUAGGGCUGUGCCUCAGUACCUGCUU